CUUGCUUGAUAUUGCCCUAACAACUUUUUCAUGAAUCAAUUUUGAGCAUUAUGUUUACAACGUAGUUAUUAUAGCACGAAAUAUGAGUCUAAAAUGCCAAAUACUUGCAACUAUUAUGUUAAUCACUGAAAUCUUAGUGUACUAAUUGCUCGCUAUAAGCUAGGUUAUUGCGCCCCUAAACCAACGUACUGACAACGCUACCUCCCCGGAACUCAAACUUUAACUGAACAGUGACCAGCCCACCAGGUAGAAUGUCCACCAUCACCCAAGGAAUUGAUCGCAUUCCCGAUUCUCUCGGCUUUCUGGUCCUCAAUGAAGAUGGUGCUGUACUUGGUUCUGGUGGAGAACUGGAGAAUGACGAAGUUAAGGCAGAUAUUUUUAUGAACCUGAUACAGAAAGCUGCUAAGAUACAGAUGUCAGCUGAUGACAGGACGCCAUUAAAAAGAUUAUCAAUUAUGUAUGACAACUUCAUGUAUGUCAUAACUGCCACUUCAGGCCAAGUGUAUAUCUGCAAGAGACACCACAUACCCACUGAACCAGCCAACGUAUAGUAGGGGCCGGCGAUAUUGUGCUGAUAGACAAUGUAUAUUUAUAUGUAUAAACAGAAUGAUUUCGACCUCAGAUCAUGAAAUAUUAUUACAUUAGGAUCCAAUUUAAUCUUAAUUUGGACUUCCAUUUGAUAUUUUUCAAGCCUCAUUGAGCGCAUUUUGACUUAUAUGCACCUGGACUAAUUUGGUACAUGUGGAGUACUCUUUGUCCGCAUUUAAGUUUGAUACGAUCAAUGCUAACAGCAUUUGACAUUGUAAAUAUGAAAAUAUAUAAUUACUUA